AGGCCAGCUCUGUCGGGAGAACGUUUGUUUUUCAACGGGUAAUACUUUGCAGAUCGUACACUUAAUUAUUAUAAACAUGAAUAGGUAGUUAGGUACAGAGACCAUGAUUCAGAGUCGGCUGCAGUUCUUUUGCGUUGCAUUCACAUUGCCAGUCCAACUUCAGCGUAUUUAGCAGCAGUCGGAACGGUGAUGGAAAUCAGCUAUUGACGCUUUGCAGUCAAACCCGUCUCUCGAGUCACACUGCUAGUGUGACAGGAAUUAAGAUAUUUCGAAAACAUAACUUGUAAUUUCUGAAAGGAACAUGCACAAACCAACAUGGAACAACACUCAGAGGGAGACCACGGCAAACCGCUUUACCUGAAAUUAGUCUAACGCGCUCCGACCGAUCGUUAACAGAUGAUGUAAGAAAUAUAAAACCAAAACAACAGUCCUUUAUUUUCUCGUUUGGCCCUUGCACCCCGUCACAACACCACACAAGUUUGCAAGGGAAACUGCAAAACAAAUCUUGCCAAGGUCUACGAUGAAAAUCAACUGACCGCUGUGCGACUCAACCUAUUUCUCCCAAAUUCUGCUUCCGCUUGUAGGAGGGAUUGCGAUGACGUUGUUCCCCAGAGUUUAAACCUCAAAAUUGACCAACAUUUAAACUACAAAGCAGACGCUGAACGGUUAUUCAUGAAUGUUUCAACGUAACGCAACACCUAACAACAUUGUUUAAAAAGAGCGGAACUCUGCUGAAAUAUGACCGAAGAACUGUGGUCCAACGGUAAUGGUUGAAACAGGCGCAUUCAUUGUUUCCAGACUUUAACUGUGCUGAGAGAACUCUUUCGACACUAUAAUCGACCUGUCAACAUAAUAGCAACAGUUAAGUUUGUCAGUAAGACUAAUAUAAGCUAUAUAUUUGUAUGUGGAGGUUUUCAGCCAUAUUCCUAAGUAGGUCAUGUGUACCCGCGUGUACCAGCAGACAUAUCUAGCAAUUUAAGAGUGGCGCGUGGUUCAUUCAAAGAUCAGCUGACUUGAGCAUGCGGAAGAAGUAACCUAAAUGAGAAUCGUAAAGUUGUGGAGAAGAGAAGCCAACAACACUAACAUAAACUAUUCGGACAUUUAAGUUUUGAAGCGCACGUAAGCAGAAGACCAUAGCUCGUUUAACUUUGGGUUUAUUGGGAUAUUCUGAGCUGUCACAACAUAAUGGCAUACAACGAGUCAAUGAUCGUGGUCAGUGGAACGCAAGUUUCUUGCAUUGGACAUGACUGUGAGGACAUUCCAGGUUUUCUUGGAGAAAGAUUUGGGGGAUUUGCAAGACGGUUGGAUCUCAGUUUCAACAGAUUAAGGUCACUGGUGGGCCUUGAUGCAUUCAGCGAGCUGGAGGAGCUGAUUGUCGACAACAAUCUUCUGGGAAAUGACCUCCAGUUGCCCAGGUUACCCCACCUCCAUACCCUGACACUCAAUAAGAACCAACUCACUGAUAUCGAGGCUCUGCUGGAACAUUUGACGGAAGUGGUUCCCUCACUGGAGUACCUAAGCCUGCUGGGAAAUGAGGCCUGUCCCAAUCAGCUGGUGAGCUUGGACAAGGACGAGGACGACUACCAGAGAUACAGAUACUUUGUGCUGCACAAACUACCCAACCUGAAGUUCCUGGACAGCAGGAGAGUGACCAAAAGAGAACAGGAAGAAGCCAUGGCCCGGGGGUCCUUCAUGAAGGUGCUCAAACCCAAGAGUGACCAGGAGUCCAGUGAUCACAGGCCUGAAGGCUCUCCUACCCCCUACACACCUUUACCCAGAGGGUCCAGAGAUGGAAAAAACCACAAAGGAGUGUUUGCGAAGUGCCGCUACGUCUACUACGGGAAGCACUCAGAAGGCAAUCGCUUCAUCCGCAAUGACCAGCUCUGACAGGCAGGCCAGCUCUGACACCUUCUUUAAACACAGAUCCAUUCCCACAACUCUCUUUCUAAAUAUACAUAUUGCCACUCGCAGUCCACACCAGCGCCACACAGCCCUCUAGUGCUUUCUGCUGACUCCGCCGUCCCUGUCAGCUCCAUCUCCGUGUCUUCGUCUGAGCAGUCCCAGCCAGAUUGACAUGAUUGCCUUUAAGCAGAGUCCCCACCGCCACACACAACCCCCCCACCAACCCCCCCAUCCACCUCCCC